AUGCCUACCAAAUCUAUCUAUGAUACCAAGCAACAAAUGAACGAUUACUUUUUCCACAAUCCAUCGGUGUGGCCUCUCGAUUCUAUACAAGAAGCCCAUCUAUUAAUGUCGCAAUCAUACGCAACCAUUUCACCACCACUAUCACCACCACCAGCAGCGACCACUGAUUUCGAGGAAGGUGCUAAACCAUCACCUACACCUUCAUCCUCAGCGUCUUCAGCUUCUUCAUCAAGUACGGGGUACACUAUCGCUGCUGCCACCAUCAUGUGCACUUCACGAAAACAACGCAAGGAGGUGAUCCGCUGCAAGACAUGCAAUCGACGUUUUCAUUCCAAAGGCAACCUUGCCAAUCAUCAUCAACUUUACCAGCAUUAG